ACUCUAGAUAUUUGUAGACUCGUAAUUGGAGACGACUGAAGCUGAACGUUGGAAAUCACAGCGGGUUAUCUUGCAUUUAUAUAAGGCGAAGAGGUCACGGUAUUAAAGCAAAACUGAGCAUUCUUGCACAUCAAGGAAAGAGGAGAGUGAAUAUACCAAGAAUUUCUUCCUGGGGAAAUGGCUGCGGAAGGAGUCGCAUUUAGAGUUGGUUUUAAAGGCAACGACCUAUGGCAGGCUGCUUUGAAAGGGGAUGUAAAGAAAGUUGAUAAACUAGUUAAAACUGGAGCUGAUAUCACGUUCAAGAAGGAAAACAAGCUGAUGAUUAAAAUGGUUAGAGAACUCGAGCAAUCCAAUGCGAGUGAUCCUGCAAAGUUGUAUUAUUACGGACAAAUAAAGUUAAUUAUUGAAAAGAAACUAAAUUCAUCGAUUUUGACCGAUGUAAGUGCAGGCGAUGUCAAUCGCGUUCGUUCCCUGGCCGAGAGUGGUGCAGAUCUGUAUCAAGAUGGAAAGGUCAUUUUCCAGGCAAUUGGUUCGGCCAAGGAUAGCCCAGAAAUUGUCGCAAUCCUGCUUUGCAACAACUUUAUGAACGAACAGUACAUAGAAGCUAUUCAACCCGAUGGCAAAACUAACGUUGGUUAUCUUCUAGCCGAAGCACAACGUAAAAACAACGGCAAUUCAGCGAAGGCUCUAAAGGAUCACAUUAAUUUUGUCGUGGUGAGAGAAUCUGAAGCGGGUAAUCUCCCUCGCAUCCAGGCCCUCAUGAAACUCGGUCGUGACAUCAUCAAUUUAAACUUCAAGCGAUCCGACGGACACACGGCAUUGAUGAUGGCGGUGAUGAAGAAACGCGUGGAAGUCAUCGGUGUGUUGCUAAGCCACGGCGCUGACGUAUCGCAAGUUAACGCUAAGAACAAGACCGCGCGAGACAUGUGUGGUAAUGACGUGCGAUUGACCGCCAUGUUGGAUAAAGUUGGCAUGGUAAAGGAAUUGCGAGAAAAAAUAAAAAAAAGUGGGGCGGAAACGACAUCAGAAGAGAUCGGCAGCUAUUUAGACAAAGGUGUCCAGGUAAACAGUGUGGAUGCGGAUGGUAACAGCAUCCUUUCGUUGGCCGUCCAAUACAAAUGUUCCAAUGAGGUUCUAAUGAACCUUAUCACCACCUACCAUGCCGAUCCCAAUGUUCUCAACAAGCGAGGCACCGGUCCUGUGGAGAUGGCUCUCGUCUACAGAGACGAAGAGACAUUGAAAUGUUUGUUUGAAGCAGGAGUGAACAUCAAGCGUGGAAAGAACAUGUUGCUGCAGUAUGCAGAAGCAAAUGGUUUUCCUGGCUCAGUGAAGAUUAUCAAAGAGGAGUUGGGAAAAUAUCUAUGGAAAGCCGUGGACGAUGAAGAAGUGGAGGAAAUUAAAGUGAUGUUGGAAAAUUGUGGAGCAUACGUGGAUGAAAUUUGUCACCUGGAAGGAUAUGAAGGUUGGACGACAUUAUUUCUGGCCGCACACAAGAACAAUGUCGAGGUCGCAAAACUUCUGUGUAACGCACAAGCGAAUGUUGACAUAAGAAGUGAAGAUGGGAAAACUGCUCUUUCUAUCGCUGUACAGACAGGUCGAAAGGACGUUCUUCUUUACCUAAUCUCGGAAGGCGCUUCGGUGAAUGUCGCCGACACAAGUGGCAACACGCCUCUUUUACUGGCAGUGAAAGGCGGCAAUCUUCCACUUGUUCAAAUACUUCUUCAUGCCGGGGCGAACCCUUACCACGAACAAGGGAGCGUCUCUGUCUCCCAGCUGGCCUUGGAAUCAUCGAACAAGAACAUAGUGUAUAUUUUUGAACACCUUGACUUUUUAACCGCCAUUCCUGACUGGGAGGAAUCCCCGUCAAAACAACGACCACCUCCCAAGCUUGAAUUCUUCCGAUCCCCCAUCAAUUUCGAUCCCAACCCACCUCAAAAGGUUCAAAUUAUCUUGCGAGGAAACGAGAAGACUAACAAAAAACUAAUGGACGCAGCCAAGAAUGGGAAACCAACUCAGAUCAAAGAAGCCAUCGCGGAAGGCGCCGAUAUUCGCUAUGUUGACAGCAAGAUGAAGCGACCUCUUCAGUACGCUCAAGAAAAAUUAACAAAACUGAACCAAGAGGUGCUUAGUCCGGUCGAGGAGAAACGACGAGCCCAGCUUACCGGUCGAAUUAACUACCAGGACGUCGUGAACUUCCUGACGAACAAACUGAAUGAGCUAAUGUGGAAUGCCGUGCAACUCGAGAGCCUGGAACGAGUGCAGACUCUGCAUGAAUGUGGAGCGACAUUGAACUGGUGUGCACCUGAACGUCCACUGGGCUUACCUGGUCUGUUGGCAUCAGCGCAGGACAAUCCAGAGAUCAUGUCUUACCUCAUGCACCACUGCCCACAGAAUUUACCAACACUUAGAAGCGCUGACCAACAAAACCGCACGUUGUUAUUGUUGGCUGAAAGUAAAGGAUUUAGAAAGUUAGCCUCGUGGAUUCGAGCAAAGAUGACUCAAAGUUUACACUUAGCGUUGGCGAACAACGACCUGGCUGCAGCAAAACAGAUUUUAAUGAUGGGUGCCGGUCCAGAAAUAAUGAGAUCAGACGGUGACACCCAUCUGCAUCAAGCAGUUGAAAUGGGUGAUUUAGAGUUGGUUCAGUUGUUGGUCAAAGCUGGUGCUGAUUGCUCUGUCAAACACCAAGGACAUUCGAUGGCUGAUCUCGCCCGCAUCAAGGGUCUUCUUCAGAUCUCGAGAUUAUUACAACAGUGCUUGAGAACUCAGCAAUUGUUCAGCGCUGCUGCGGCCGGUGACCUUUCUACUGUACAAGAGCAACAUUUAGAAGGAGGGCAUAUCGACUGCCAAUCGUAUCAAGGCAUAACUCCGUUGAAAGCUGCUGUUAACUCUGGAAAUGCCCAGUUAAUGCACUAUCUCAUUUCUCGCGGUGCCUCGCUGGUGCGGUCGAGAACAUCUGUUGAUCCAAUCGGAAAACUAGAAAAUCUCAACUACAACAUUCCGUUGAAGGACUACAUUCAACGUUCUGUCGACGAACAGUUUCUGGCCUCUGUGAUCGAAGGAGACAUGACCAAACUGGAAUACCUACUACAGCUUGGGGCCAGUAUUGACUACUGCAAUCCGACCUCAAAGGAGACGGCGAUAUCCCUGUGUAUCAAUUAUCAUAGCGUUGACCUUCUUAAAUUCUUGGAAAACCGAGGAAGCGUUCUUACAAGUCCUGCUGAUGCUAAAGGUAAUUAUGCCUUGGGCAUAGCGGCAAGCAGAGGCAACACCGCCGUCGUGGAGUAUUUGAUACAAGAGAUAAAUAUCAACAAAACUAUUCGGAAUCAUGAAGGGAAAACUCCGCUCGAUAUUGCUCAAGAAACUGAUCAUCAAGAGGUCGUCAGGUUAUUGGGUGGUGAAGUUAAAGAAGACAAAAGCAAGAAAGUAUAUCAACCUCCAAAAUAUAAGUUGGAGGAACUGUUGAGUGCCGUCAAGAACUGCAAUAUGACCAUCAUUAAGGAAUUCAUCGAGGAGAUUUACUCCAGACGAGACGAAAAAGUCAAUAAUUGCGCGGAAAUGAUGAAAUUUAGUGUACGACAUAAGCAAAAGGAAGUUGAAAAGAAACUGUAUCGACAUUACCAAGAUCUAAUCGAGGACACUUCAGAACAUAAACUAACUGGGUCAGCGGAAUCUCAAGUCAUCUUGACUGGUUUUCUACGAAGCUUGAGCGCUCAAAUCACUGGUUAUGCUUUGGAUCCCAACGAUCCUCGAAGUUAUGAUUUUUUCUUCACGAACAUGGAUGAGAAGGCAGAGGAAGCGCGAAAGAGGAUUUUGGUUGACGAUCUAAACCAGCUGAAGGCGCAGUUCCAAGAGGAUCUUAUACGAGUUCAGGAGGAGUUGACUGGUCUGAAACAACAACGCGAAAGCAUGCAGGCCAGAGAUCGAGAGUAUUUCGAGAGAAUUGCGCAAAUGAAAGUUCAACUCUCCGAAGAAAAAUCCGCAAGAGAACGCGAUCGUAUUCGGCAGGAGAUGAUAACACUGCAGGAUGAUGUGAAAACUCUUCACGCGCAGCAGAAGAUCUUGGAGGCCCAAGAAAAUCGGCAGAACAAGCAUUAUGAAGUUUCCAAGAGAUUUGAAGCCACACAUAUAAACCUUCUGCAUUUUUAUCGAACUGUGUAUCUCGGUGUGGAAGAAAUCUUCCUCGGUGCAAAGUCCGUAGCAAGCGGGAUGACCAUUGCAACUGCGGGUAGUUUGGGAAAGACAGCAAAAAAGAUUGAAACAGUCAGCAGUAUCCUUGAUAUUUUCAAACUUGAUCCAUUGGUUGGCGCCACGGUAGCGAGAGUCACUAAGUUUUUCAUCAAAGCUGGUACGAAAGUGAUGAAGGACAUUGACAAAUACCGUCAGAAAGAAAUUGGGCAAUAUAUUUCGUGUCUUGCGACUGUAGGUGAACAAGUAGACAUUUGUACAGAUGUCGCUUACAGAUUAACGCUUUGGUACAGUGAUCAAAUAACGUGCCUGGCUGAGCCUAUUGAUGCAUCGAAAACCUCAAUUUGUCUCCAUUCCCCUGCUCGAAGAAUGGCUCAAAUUACAGUGGGCGUCAUUUACAGUUCUUUGAUUGAAAAAGAAAUUGAGACAGGAAAAGCUGCAGAAUUUGCUACACUAGCUGAGCAGUUGGUCUGGUGCGUUGUCGCUCAGAAACCCAAAGAUGGCAAGAUUGCCAAUCUCCAAGAACGCGCGGCCGCAACUAUCGCGGGAUGGAAACAGAAAGCGGGCAAAGGUCCGACCGGAACUGGGUACCUUGGGAGUAAAGUUCCACCAAAUUUUGUAGAGGUGGAGAUCGCCGAAAGUUUACAGAAGAAUGGGAAAAAGACAUGGAUGCUGCGAGAUAUAUUUCUCAGGUGCGGCAUCAUUGACCGUGAUGGGAAUGUAUACGAGGCAGAGUAUACUGAUACUUCGGUGUUUAAAUAUUGCUACGGAACUGAAAUGGCCGCAACUGAACGCUCCCUAAAACGCCAAGACGAGAAAAAGCCUCAGCCAAAAGGUGAUAUGUUUGCUAACGAAGACGUUAUAACUGUGUCCUCGGUCGGAGGGGCGUCUGGUAGCCCGGGCAGUGGGGGGCAGUUUCACCUUGCCCCGGGAAAGAUUGAUGAACGCGUGCACAGCAUUUUGGAGAAAGAAAAGCUAGAUCGUGCUGAUAUGGAAAAUUGUUGGAAAAAUGAUAUUAGUAAAGCUCAAGAGGAAGUCGAACGCAGGACUGAUAGUCUCGAAGAAAGACAGAGCCUGCUUGAAGUUGAAUUACGUGACAAGGUUUUAAAGAUUGAAGAGAUCGCCGAAGAAAAAACGAAACUUUACGAGGAAACCUUUGCAAAAUACCAAGGCCAGCUGCUUGGAAAGUACAACGAGUUGAAAUCUAAAAUGGAAGACAACUUCAAAAAGGUGUUCGAUAAGAUGCAAGCGGACACGAGGAAGGAAUUCGAGACGAUGCAAAAAAAGUUCAGUCAGAAAGAAAAAGAACUCGACGAGGCCUUUCGAAAAUCACAAGAAAAGUUGGAUGCACGUUAUGCAGAAACGGAACGCCGUUUGGAGGAGGGGGCGAAGAAAACAGCCGCGGAACUGCACGAAAAAUCCAAAAGGUUUUGCGAAACUCUUCGUAAGGAGACCGUUUCAAACUUCCAGUUCGCAAAGGAACAACUUGAUCAGUUCGCGGGCGACAAAAUCAAAGAGAUUAUCAAAAUUGAGAAGGCGGCGGAGGCGAAGUUUGAAGCGCAGGCCUUGGCUUACAAGAAGGAUUCGGACGACAAGACUGAUAUGGCACGAAAAGAGCUGAUUAACAUCAUGGAGAAUCGUACAACCAGACAUCACAAGGAAAUGAAAGAGGGAUGUGCCAGUAAUUUGUCAAAAAUGGAAGAAAUGGCUGCCAAGCUUGAACGAAGAAUACAAUCUUUAGAAGAAGUGGCCUGUACGAUACGAUGAAUCCAAUCGACAAAGAGUUUCCUGCAUAAAUUGCCAAGGUAACCAUGUAUGCUUAAUCCCAUCCAAACGUUUUAUCGAAUAGUUGAAAUUCUAUCGAAUAAUUUUGAAACGGAAAGGCAAGAUGCAACUCGUAAUCCUGUCUUACAAAGAACAACGCUAUAAAAUAAAUUAGUCCUGCCUCUUCCAAUUAAUGUUUUUAUUUGACGCGGUCAUUAAAUAUUCGGAACUCAAUCACCAAGUAUGAUAUAGAUUUACUGUUCUAUAACUUGUAUUAUUGCUACAAAUUGAAUCCAGUACAAAGGCCUGUUCGAGGAACUUUUUAACCAUAAACUUAUCCUGCUAAAAAUACAUUAUCUUCGCUUUUUCAGCUCAAUCAAAUGCUUAUUUCCCACGCAAAUGCAUUGCAUACGCAACGCUUGCAUAUAGUAUAUAUUAUAUGUAAUGCUAACAACUAUUCUUUCGACCACGUCCACUAAACCCUGUCCAAACAGAACGAGUUAUGUUUCCCGUAACCCCUAUAAAUCUUAUACGUUAGAUUAUAAGAGUUCGAACGGUUAGAUCGGCAAGACACACAAGACAAUUAUCGUUUUCCCUAUGAAAAUAGUAAAGUUGUUUCAUUCACUGUCGAUUCCCAUGCAACAAGUUAUCUUUAAGGAAUUAGUUUCACACAUUA